UUCAACAAACACAUAAACACGGGCUGGACAUGUUCCAAGCAAAUUAUUCAGAGAAAAUAGCCCCACCGGAACCUGAGUUUCUAGUUAAAGUUUGAAUGGAGUAGGUUGAGCCGAUUCUGCUCCAACAAACCAUUGACUUUAUCUUUUGUGCUGAUGACCUGUUGAAUGGUAAACAAUAAAUAUAUUCCUUAUCUUCAAGAAAAAACUUUAAUUUACGUCCUAGUCAAUUCUUCUCUCUCUAAACGUUCAAUUGCCAAUUUAAACAAGCGUUUUGUUGGAGCAUUGUAACUGGCAUCAUCCAUGGAGGCUCAUCUCUCAAUUUUAACAUGCUUCAUCUCGCUCUCCUUCCUCUUGGAAUUAUCCGUCGCCAUUGAUACCAUAGCUCCAAACCAGAUUCUAACAGACAAUGGUGAAACUCUUGUCUCUGUAGGUGGACACUUCGAAUUAGGCUUCUUCAGUCCCUGGAAUUCAAAUUAUCGAUACAUUGGGAUAUGGUUUAAAAACAUUCCCCAAACAACAGUUUUUUGGGUGGCCAAUAAAGACAACCCGCUUACAGAUUCUUCAGGUGUCCUAAUGAUCACUGCCACCGGAAAUGUAACCAUCCUGAGCAACCGAACAAGCAACCCUCUCUGGUCUUCAAAUUCAUCCACAACCUCAAGAAAUCCGGUUUUGCAGCUCCUAGACACAGGAAACCUUGUUGUCAAAGAUGUUGUCAGUGAAAACUACCUAUGGCAAAGCUUUGAUCAUCCCUGUGACACAAUGAUACCGGGCAUGAAGCUGGGAUCGAACCUACAAACUGGCUACGAGUGGCACCUUAGUUCAUGGAAGAGUCUUCAGGAUCCAUCUACGGGAGAUUAUACAUACAAACUUGACCAUCAGGGUCUUCCACAAUUAUUUCUUCGCAAAGGAACAAAAAUAGUGUAUCGAAGUGGCCCCUGGGAUGGUGUCCGAUUUACUGGCGAUCGUAAAUUCGAUGAAAAUGUAGUUUUCAAUCCUAUUUUUGUUGACAAUAACGAGUUUAGUUACUACUCCUUCAAAAACAUUGACAAUAAUACAGUUUCAAGAUUAGUGUUGAACCAGUCAGGUAUGAUUGAGCAUCUAUCAUGGAACCAAAGGCGUGGCGAGUGGGUAGUCAUAAUGACUUUGCAGAACACUCGAUGCGAAGAGUAUGCACUUUGUGGUCCUAACGCGUUUUGCAACAUGAAUAGGGAGUCUAUUUGCUAUUGUCCAUCGGGGUUCACCCCAAGAGUGCCACAAGACUGGAAUGUUUUAGAUUGGUCUGGUGGGUGUGUUGCAAGAACAUCCUGGAAUUGUAGCUCGGCCACAAAGUUUAGAAAGUUUACGGGACUGAAGCUGCCAGACAAUUCAGAGUUUCUGGUGAAUACAUCAGUGAGGAGUAAACUGGAGUGUGAGCACGCUUGCUUGCGGAACUGUUCCUGCGUGGCUUAUGCUACAUAUACGUCAGAGGUUAGUCGAUGUGUGGUGUGGUUUGGGAGUUUACUGGACAUUAGAGAGUAUAGCAACGAGGAAUAUGGGCCAGAUCUUCACGUCAGGAUGGCUGCUUCAGAGAUUGAGUCAAAAAAGAUUGCCAAACGAACGGUUGUGAUCAUCUCCUCAUCUGUAGCUUCUGGAAUUCUGCUGCUGCUGAUAUUAACCUGUUGUUAUUAUCUUACUGGAAAGCGAGCCCAAAAUAAGAGUCCAGCCCAGGAAGAGAACAAUCUGCAUGAACUUCAUCCUAAUUCUGCGGAAGAAGAUCUGGACUUACCAUUAUUUGAUCGGCUAACAGUUGCAUCUGCUACCAAUGACUUUGCUUUCACAAAUAAGAUUGGUGAAGGUGGUUUUGGCGCUGUUUACAGGGGUAAGCUCCCAACAGGGCAAGAAAUUGCUGUGAAGAGGCUUUCUAAAGAUUCAGGACAAGGGCUGAAAGAGUUUAAGAAUGAGGUUAUAUUCAUUGCAAAACUCCAGCAUCGGAAUCUUGUUAGGCUCUUGGGAUGCUGCAUUUAUGCGGAAGAGAGAAUGCUAAUAUAUGAAUUCAUGCCUAAUAGAAGUUUGGACCUCUAUAUUUUUGAUAAAACAAGGGGUACAUCGCUAGAUUGGCAGAAAAGAUAUUAUAUAAUAAUUGGGAUUGCUAGAGGACUUCUUUAUCUUCAUCGAGAUUCAAGGCUUAGAAUCAUUCAUAGAGACCUUAAAGCCAGCAACAUUCUCCUAGAUGGUGAGAUGAACCCUAGAAUAUCAGACUUCGGCUUGGCAAGAACAUUUGGAGGUGAUCAUUCAGAAUCAAACACAUCUAGAAUCAUUGGAACUUAUGGAUACAUGUCUCCUGAAUAUGCAAUAGACGGUCUAUUUUCAGUGAAGUCGGAUGUCUUCAGCUUCGGUGUACUGGUUUUAGAGAUUGUCAGCGGGAAGAGGAAUAGAGGAUUUUAUCAUCCUGAUCAUGACCUCAACCUUCUAGGACAUGCAUGGAAAUUGUGGAAAGGAGGCAGGCUUAUGGAAUUAAUCGAUCCUUUGAUGGAGAAGCAAGUUUCCACCCUAGAAGUGUUAAGAUGUAUACAAGUGGGUCUCCUAUGUGUACAAAAACGAUCUGAAGACAGGCCUACAAUGUCAUCGGUUCUCUUGAUGUUUGAUAGUGAGAAUCCUUCUCUUCCUCAACCUAAGCAACCUGGAUUUUAUACAGAAAGAUUUCUAACAGAGACCGACACUUCAUCAACCAGAAAGUUAACAUACAACUCAAAUGAAGUAACUAUUUCAAUGCUACAGGGUAGAUAGAAAGUAAUUUUAUUUCUGUUUGUUUCACAAGCUUUAAGCGUUGCUGAAUAUGCACCAUUCUUUUCAUUAAAAUUCUUAAAUUUGUGAAUAUUGAAGACAAUAUGCUUUAAAUUCGGCUCUGUUACCAGAAAAUGUAAUAAGUCUCAGGCGAAAAAAGGCUCACACUGAGAAAUGAAAAGACCAUUUACACCGCAUUGAUAGCAUUAGUCUUUAUCUUAUAUAACGAUCGCAAUAAUUGCAAUUGCUUUAUUAACCAUUCAUGAUUCAUUAACUGACAUGAUAAUAUCUCAGAUAUUUUGCUUCAACUGAAUAGUGAUUGAUCAGAAGCGUGGCAAGGAAAACGUCUUAAUCAAACUAACUUUGACCAUCUAGAUAUAUCAGCCUUUGAGGCAAUCGUCAAAUACAUACUAUAGUAUACCUCCAGAAAACAGUAACGGUGCAUAUACUGAUUGCUAUAGCUUUGCCUAUGUUAUUUUAUUGGAUAAAAUCAUUUCAGGUCGAGAAGCAGAAAUCCCAUAUUUUCUACAUGGCCUCAUUCUGUCUUGUACUAUUGCACCAUGUAACGAGGCUUCCCAUGAAGUUUCAUUUACUACGUUCUUUCUCUAAUGAAUUUGCCCUGCAGUUGACACCAUAAUCCAUAACCCCAAAACAAAUCAUUUCAGAUCGCCAAGUGCUUCUUUCUUCUGGAAGCAG